GUGAGUGUCAGAUUAUAGCGUUAGUUGAUUACACAGUCGCUGCGCGAACGCACGUAUUUGUGCAUCCAGUAACAUUUUUUAGUAUUUUUUUUGUAAUUGUGUUGUUGUUUUGAAAAAUGGAGUGGCUUGUCACGGAUGAUGGAAAGUACAGCAUAGAAUCUCUGUCAGCUACUACUUUCCCCGGGGCAUUACGAGUUAUAACAGAAUCCUUCUUUCAAGAUGAAACUGUGUGUAUAGGAACAGAAGUUAACAAGAAUCCUGUGGCAGCAGAAGAGUUGUUAGAACUGUGCGCAGACGUAGCACUGGAUGGCGUAUCAUUGGUAGCUAUUGCUAUCGACAGCGGAGAAGUUGUAUCUGUGGCUUUCAAUAAGAUACAGGUGGCAACACCAGAUCCUUCAGAAAAACCCUUCUUUGAAAUAUUCGCAGAAGAACGCUGUACCCAACCAUCAUCGCGCGCACUUAUUGAGUGGAUGGCAGAAAUCGACGGCAAAUGUAACUUUUUUGAAAAAUACAACAUCGACUGCAGUCUCGAAAUAAUGUUCCUAGCUACACUGCGAGAGCACAGACAUCAGAGACUUGGCAGAGACCUGUGCAGCGCCUCAAUAGAACUGGCAAAGAAACUGAAGAAUGGACCCGUUUCUCAAAUGUCGGUGCAAGAUUUAGGGCCGAAUUAUUCCCAUAUGCCCGCUAGAAAGCCAAUAACCAGAGUUCCUAAGAUCUGUCAAGCUUUAUGGACUGCGGAGCCAACACAGAAAAUUGGCAAGGCCUUAAAUUUCGAAGUCGGGAUGCGUGUAUCGUUUAAUGAAUUUUACUACGAUGGGAAAUCUUAUGGAGAAAGGUUAGGGAGAGAAGUCUUUGCUGAAGCUGCUGCUAUUCGACUUGAUUGAUGUUUGAGGAUUGAUUGUGUAGAUUAAUACAUAUGAUAGCUAAUUAACGUUUACCGAAUUGGUAUAAAUAAGAAAACAUUCCAAAAAAAAUCCAAAUAAUACAACAAUGUGCAUUUAAUAUUUA